AUGUCCAACAGGUGGUUCCGUAGCGUGCGCGGCCGGAGCGCGGCCGUGCCGCCGCCGGGCCAGAGCCGCGUGCGGCAGGUGGGCGGCAGCCUGUACGUGGGCGGCGCCCUGCUGCGGGACUCGGGCCGCUACGUCUGCGUAGUCAACAACUCGGUGGGCGUCGAGCGCGCUUCCACCGCGCUGCUCAUCACCACGCCGCUGUCAGCAUAUGUGGUGCCACAGCAGCAGACGGUGGACAUGGGCCAGACUACAGAGCUUAAUUGCUCCACAGAGGGCUAUCCUCAGCUGGCCAUCUCUUGGCUCAAGGAUGGCCGGCCACUGCACACCUCCAGCAGAGUGAAGCUGGUCACCCCACAGACGCUGCGCAUAGUGCAGGUGGAGCACUCGGACCGGGGCAUGUACCAGUGUAUCGUGUCCAACAACGAGGAGACGGCCCAGGGCACCGCAGAGAUCAGUCUGGGAGACGCGGCGCCCGUGCUCGUGUCGACGUUCCGCAGUGCCGUGGUACGCCCCGGCGACGCCUGGUCGGCGCAGUGCGAGGCGGCCGGCUCUCCGCUGCCCUCCGUGUCGUGGCUGUUCGACAGCCGUCCGCUCACCUCAGAGGACCACGUACAGGUGCGUGUGAAUGCCAAACACAGGGAGGACCGGCGCGAGACGGCGUGA